ACGACGCGCCGGCCGCCGCCUAUUUUUACCGCGUGACUUCAGGAUAUAUUUUUGAUUUGGAAGUCGAACAGGCGCUGCGCCUGGAGGCAUUGGCCGCAGUCAGAGUGAGCAGCCUCAGCCGCCGGCACGUCUUCUGGACUCCGCCGCCACCCAGCCAUGCCGUUCAAGCCGCCAGAAGUGGCCAAGUGCCCGGUCUGUGACCGGCCGGUGUACGCCGCCGAGGAGCGCGUGUCCGGCGGGCACAAGUACCACAAGACGUGCUUCAAGUGCAGCAUUUGCAACAAGGGUCUAGACUCGACCAACUGUUCUGAACACCAGAAGGAUCUGUUCUGCAAGCAGUGCCACGGCCGCCGCUACGGCCCCAAGGGCUAUGGCUUCGGAGGCGGAGCUGGCGCACUCAGCAUGGACACCGGUGAACACCUCGGCAACGUCGAGUCUGCCUCGAACAGCUACCACUACCCGCAGCUGCAGAAGAUCGCCCAGGCGCCGCCAGGCCAGGGCUGCCCGCGCUGCGGCGGCCGAGUCUACCAGGCGGAAGAGAUGCUGGCCAUGGGAAAGCUUUGGCACAAGGCCUGCUUUUCGUGCCUGCUGUGCCAGCGGCGGCUGGACUCGACCUCGCGGUGCGACGGAAGCGACGGCGAGCUGUACUGUACAGUGUGCUACAACCGCAAGUUCGGCCCGAAGGGCUACGGCUACGGUCAGGGCGCAGGCGCGCUGCAGAUGACGCUGACCGACGGCAGCGAGCUCGACGGCGAUGUGAUGACCAACAAGCCGACGGUGAACCUGCAGGCAUCCAUCCAGGCCCCGCCCGGCAAGGGCUGCCCCCGCUGCGGCGGUGCCGUCUUCGAGGCCGAGAAGAAGCAGUCCCGCUUCCGGGACUACCACAAGACUUGCUUUAACUGCAAGGAGUGCUCACGGAUCCUGGACUCAACCAACGCCUGUGAUGGCCCGGACAAGGACAUCUACUGCAAGCUGUGCUACUCCAAGAAGUACGGCCCCAAGGGCUACGGCUUCGGCUGUGGCGCGGCCUUCCUCCAGUCUGACACCAUCGACUCCGACGCGCCGGCGCAGGAGUGGUCGCGCAUGAACACCACCACCAUCAAGGCGUCGCCGGGCCAGGGAUGCCCUCGCUGUGGCGGCGCUGUGUUCGCGGCGGAGAUGAUGCUCUCCAAGGGACGCGAGUGGCACAAGUCCUGCUUCAGCUGCCACGACUGCAAGCGCCCUCUGGACUCCACCAUCGCCUGCGAUGGUCCCGACAAGGACAUCUACUGCAAGACCGACUAUGGGCGCCGCUUCGGCCCCAAGGGCUUCGGCUUCGGCCACAGCCCCACCCUGGUGUCCGGCUCGGUUGACGAACAAGUCCCGAACAGCGGCAUGAUUCAGCCAUCAAUGGGCAUGAAGGCAGCGCCAGGAGAGGGAUGCCCCCGCUGCGGGUUCGCUGUGUAUGCCGCUGAAGCCAUCCCCGUCAGGGACAGGAGCUACCACAAGAAGUGCUUCAACUGCAAGGAGUGUGCCAAAAGCAUGGACUCGACCAACGCAUGCAACGGCCCAGACCUCGAGAUCCACUGCCGCACCUGCUACGGCCGUCAGUUCGGCCCUAAGGGCGUCGGCUUCGGCAUGGGGGCGGGCGUGCUCAGCAUGGGCUAAGCGACCAGGCUGGCGGCGGUCGCGCCGAGGUCGCGGCGGCGCUGGCGGGCCGCGCCGCCGCCGCGCGAGGACGCGAGCGAUACGAGUCGGUGCGUCGGCCGCCGCCGACGGCCGUCCGCCCGGGGCGCCGUGCCACCUAGCCUUCCUGUACAUAGACGGACUAAUCUCGGUGCUCCUAGGUGGCACGGCGGCCGGCGGCGGGCGGCCGGCGGGAGCGCCGCGGCACCGGCAGGCGGCAUGGCGUCCGGGGCGGGCCGCUGGCGCGCGCCGGGCGGCCGGCGCCUCUGUGCGCCUCCCGGAGCUGUCAUGAGCGCCCCACGUUUGGGCUGCCGCAGCUGGUGGGUGCGACGCGCGCAGCACACGAGGGCGCCGGCGGCUCCCCGAGCGCGACGAGGCGGCAGGAGGGCGGGGCGGGGAGGGGUGAGCGCCGCCCCGGGGGCCGCGCGGCCGCGGUUUGAGCGGCACGCCCUCGGGGCCUGCUGACCGAAACGAAACCUACUGCGAUCGAUGCGUCAAACCAUGUCCGGGGUCGAGCCAUCGACCAAGCACACAGCUUGUUUGGAUUUAGAACUGUUUCAAUAUUAACACAGCGGCCAGAUGUUCCAUCGCAGCUCCUUGACAUGUAAAAGGAAAUAAAAGAUGACGUCGUGCA